AUUACUGAAUAAAAACCCAGAAAACAACUUCAGACAAGCAGUUGUUGAGCUUAAGUUUUCGGGCCUUGAGAAAGGAGCAGAAAUCCAAACUAUAAAAUAAAAUAAAAGCCUGAUGCAACUGUCUGAUCCCGCCUGUUAAAACCUAGCAAAAGUGUUAGUGAACGAGCUGCAAUUGUAGUGCGUGUGAGAUUACCACGGACAAGAAUCUGAGUACAUUUCCAGCUCUGAGAAAAGCAUCACAGACUUAUUGACUUGUAUUGUACGUGUAAUAGAAGUUUGUAGACCUGACGUCCAUCCACUGCAACACAAUAACCAGUGCUUAAACUCAUUCUUCUUCCUGAUAGAAGUCUGAGAGGGUUUGUUUCAUUAUCUGUUGUGUUCAUCAGCCUGAUAUCAGUCGGCAGCCUGUGUAGCAUUUGUGGGAUCACCAGCGAUGAUAAUUUCAACAAUUAUUACUGAAUAAAAAGCCAGGAAACAACUUCUAAUGAGCAGUUGUUGAGCUCCGUCCAAAAAAAAAGUCUUAUUUUAGGACACGUGUCACCUGUAGCGUAUGUGAGGCCACCGACGAUCGUUUUAAUGUUUUCUGGUCUUGAGAAAAGCACAGAAAUCUAAAACGUUGAUAAAAUAUAACCCUAAUGCAUCUGUCUCAUCCUGUCUGUUCACUUUUAGCCGAAGUGUUGGUGAAUGAGCUGCAAUCGUGGUGCGUGUGAGAUUACCACGGACAGGAAUUUCUACACGCAGACCUUCCUGAGGGAAAACAUACCCCACUGAAUGGAAUCCCAGUCCUAAGAAACGUUGUUAAAUACUUCAGCACUUUGUAGCUCAGUUUUUAACCACUGGAUCUGUAGCAGAUGUGAGAUUACCACGGACAACAAAUUCACUGAUUCGACGCUCUCGAGAUAAGUGAACUUAGCACACAUCUGCACGGUCCGCGAACACUAUGGAAAGCAAAGCGAACUACUGAACGUGAAAUGCGUGAGUUUUUUCCCGUGUUCGCCACCGCAGACACACAUGGAUCGCUACUACGAAGGAGAUCCGACGCGCCGAGCCAGCGAGCUGCUGGAGAACCUGUCUCUCUGCGAGCCCUACGCGCGGCGGGACCUUGAACCCGACGACUUCACGCUACCCGAGAACAAAAGCAAGCGCGCGUCGAGAGACUUCUACGUCGACGACGUUUACUGCAGAUCCGAGGUGGCUCUGCCGUGCUACGCCGGGGGCGCCGAGCGGCACCGGAGAACCUGCGGGCCGCAGGAGAAAUGCGGCAGCGACGGGAGCUGCGCCCUCAGCCCGCGCUCCAGCUACGCCAGCACGUCCAGCGACGCCAGCAAACCGUCCAGCCCUGGUUACGGGUACAGCUACGAGUGUGCCAGCCGGGCGAGCAGCAACCGCACGAGCGGCGUCAGCAUGGGAUACGACCAGCGCCACGCCAGCCCUCGCUCCAGCAUCUGUGGCCCGGCCGGUCCGGGGCUCACGCUCAGCCCCAGGUCCAGCAUCUCCAGCCACAGCUCCAGAAGCUCCAGGAGCUCGCGUGGAUCCAUGGGCGCUGGUCCGGAGCUGAUGGUGCCCUCGCCUCGCGCCUCUGUUCUGGAGGACGCGCUGUUGCAGGACACGGCGGAGGCACGCAUGCAUCUGCAUCCUUUCCUCGUACCCGAGGAGAUUCAGCACGGGGCGUCGGUAAGGGCGCGGGCGUCGGGGCCGGUGCCGGGCGCCAGGCUGAAGUUACCCUACCAGGUGACCCCUGCCAGAGAGAGCGGUGCCAGUCAGGUGGAGAGGCGACUGGAGGCGCUCACGCUCGAGCUGGAGAAAGAGCUGGAGAUGCACAUGAAGAAGGAGUAUUUCGGUAUUUGCAUAAAAUGCGGAAAAGGCGUUUAUGGAGCCAGUCAGGCGUGCCAGGCGAUGGGGAAACUCUACCACACUAACUGUUUCACCUGCUGUUCAUGUGGGAGGAGGCUCAGAGGAAAAGCCUUUUACAAUGUGAACGGGAAGGUCUACUGUGAGGAGGACUUCCUGUAUUCCGGGUUCCAGCAGACGGCGGAGAAAUGCUUUGUUUGUGGACACCUCAUCAUGGAGAUGAUACUCCAGGCUCUGGGGAAGUCCUACCACCCAGGCUGCUUUCGCUGUGUGGUGUGUAAGGAGGGACUGGACGGAGUUCCUUUCACUGUGGACACUGAGAACAACAUUUACUGUGUUAAAGAUUAUCACACUGUCUUUGCUCCAAAAUGCGCCUCGUGUUGUCAGCCCAUCCUGCCCGCGGAGGGCUCGGAGGAGACUAUACGUGUGGUCUCCAUGGAUAAAGACUACCAUGUGGAGUGCUAUCACUGUGAGGACUGUGGUCUGCAGCUGACGGACGAGGAGGGUCACCGCUGUUACCCACUGGAGGGUCACCUGCUGUGCCACGCUUGCCACCUUCACAGGUUAAAAGCAUCCGGACCCUCCCAGCACCCACCCAGCUACCCGCUUCACGUCACCGAACUGUGAACACACGUACGGGCACAAGAAGAUGCUGCGGGGCUGCUGCCAGGGGCAAAACGAGGCUCAAAAACGAGUCGGAGCGAAAGAACAGACUUUUAAAUGUUCAUCGUCUGAACUCGUGCAUCAUCGUCCUUCUGCUCUCGAUUAAUCCCGCAACCGCAGUAUGAAGCCGUGUAAAUCGGCUCAGACGUGACCUUUAACCCUUGCCUGUUGCAGACCGAUCCCUGAAAGCGCUCGAUGUGGAAUUAGUGCAUAUUUGACUGGCAGCGUGAUAAGUAAUGAGAGAGGAGAAAACGUCACCCGCGGCCCUUCACUGAGAAUCUCGCACUUAUCUAACAGUAUCGCUCACCGCCGACGGGUCGCACCGUUAACGUAUACGUGUAUUAAAUUUUAUAUUUGUACGUGUGUGAUGUCACAUCGAUAAGAAAUGGAAACUCUCACAUGCUGCCUUAACAUUUCAUAUUUAAAAUAAUAACUCACGUGCACAAUCCUCCACCUACCACAAGUGUAGUCACUCAGGACGGUGGUAUACUUCUAAAGAAGCAAACGUUGGUCACCAAAAAUGCCCGACUGAUUACAUCUGGUGUCACUUAUGAAUCGUGUACAUGUGAUGUUUUUGGCCCAAGUAUUUCUGUAAUUGCUUAGUGUCGAGUCGUUCGUUUUUAUCAAGGUCGGUUCUGCUAACUGUGGGCAUUUUUGUGUUUUAAUAACACAGAGACAUUUUUAGCACCUCUGUGUCGGUUCUGAGCUCUAAUGCGUCGCUUUCCCGGCAGUGGUUUGUCUGGGAGGAAACAGACUUGAAUCGUUUGCAGCUGUCGAGCAUUAAACGCUGAGCAGAAGAUGUCUGCUGUAUUCGCUGUCCGUGCUGAUGUUGUUUUUGGAUGAUGGAGGAUCUGACGUUCUGCUGAAGCUCGGUGGUGCUGGUCUCACCUGAGCUCCACAUGGACGUGUGCCGCUCUGUUUAAGAUCGCAGACACCGACGCCAACCCUGGAGUCACGGCAGCCAAAAACCACACAGUGCCUCCAUUCUGCUGUCCGAACACAUACAGGAGUCUCGACCCAACGAUCAUCAUUUAUCACACUUGCUGUGGAGUAAACGGUUCCAUUCCGACAUGAGAAAUCCGGUCUUGCUGAGGAAGUACGUCACAGAACAGCGUGGUAACAGCGUAGUUACAGCGUAGUUACAGCGUAGUUACAGCGUGUUUGCUCGAGAAUAAUAGUAUAAUUUUAGAUUCAGCACAAAUGCACAAUAUUUCCUAAAUCAUUCCGCGUUUAUUACAGUGUGUUAUUAUGCAUAAUAAAGAAACUACUAUUUUCCUAGAACACGACGUUUUUGUACAUAAACACUGUUAGCUUCGAUUAUCUGCUUUCGUCAGAGAUGAUGCUGAUCUGUAGCUUUGUUUUUCAGUCUAGUUCUCAGAACGCAUAUCUUGCCUACUAUUACCACUAUUUUUGUAUCGUCUCAAUUUUAGAUAUUUCCACAUCAAUAAGAAAGUAGAUUUAUUUAUCUGAACAUGAAAAAGGUUUAAAGUUAUUUAAUGUAUUAAUAAAAUGAAGCGUAUCAUUUUAACCGUAGAUGAUAUAAUCUCCUUUUUUAAAUAAAGAGGUUUUGUGGUCCAUUUAA